AUGUCACCAGAGAAAUACGAAGGAAAACCUCUCAGAGGUGCACCCCUGUGCAAAAACCACUUCCUAGACCAUGUACUAGGCCACAAGACAAAAUCAAAGGAACCAACUCGCAUCCAACCACGAAGAGUUGCAAAAGACAAACAUCUCCUGGUGAAUACCAACACGAAGAAACGGCAGUCAGACGAGGAGUUGUCCAGCUCAAGCACGAAGCGAAGAAAGAUUAAUAAACCAUUUACCAGUUUACUCGAACAGCAGGUGAGUCAAAUCACCGAGCAAGCUGAAGAAAAGGGUUCUCACAACUGUUCCUUUGGCCCUGCACCAUGGGAAUGCCACAAGUGCGUAUCCCAUUUUGCUGAGUUUGUGGUUGAAAAGCUUACCAUCGUGAAGCCUGAAGCACCGGUUGCUAACAUGGCUACUAUUGGAAAGAUCUUGAAACUAAACUCCAGAAUGGAUUUUGAGGAGGGGGAAAUGAUCACUUUUGAGUGGGAGGACAACUGCUUCACUGACCAGCCAAUCAUGAUUGCACAUAUGCAGAAAACCAGAGGCAACUGCAAUGUCACGUCCAUUAUAGAUACCAUCACUCUCACUAUUGCGGAACACUGGGACAAGCACACUUCGCCAUAUUUGAGUAGCUUCCCAUGCGUCAUCGCACCAUGUGACAUUAAGCUGUCGGAUGUCUGCUUACGGGUUCCAUGCCAACUGCCGAUUCUUGUUCUUUUGAAGAGUGGCAAACAAGCGUGA